AUGUUUGAUCGCUAUUUCAAAUAUUUGGAAUCAAAGGAAGAUCAGCUAUCGACUCAGUUUCUGAAAGAUACACUUGCAGGUAGUGGUAAAAUAGGCGUUCAAAUCUUAUCAAAAUAUAAAUGCGUGGGACAGGAAAAAUUGAUAAACGAAGCAGACGAACCUGAAGUAUAUUUGAUGGAUUUCAAGGUGAACAAUCAGAGCAAGCCGAUAAUCAAAUUUGGAAAAUCACCUUAUAGUAGGAUGCGACUUAAAAAUAUGGAGGCACACAGGAAGAUAUUAAAAAUCAGGUACGAUAGUACGACCGAAGUUGGACGGAGAAGUAAAUCCAAAAAAGAUACAAAUAAAGGCUCCUCGCAGUAUACUCGACUGUUUGCUACCCCCUUCACUGAUGCGCAAAUCGAGGAUGUUUACGUAAGCUAG